AUGACGAUCGUUCUUUUCUGGGUGACUAUCGCCGUAUUGGCCCCACGCGUUUUAGCAGGUCUUACUGGAUCCACAACAACAUCUGCUACGUCCACUACAUCCACUUCCACGGCGCCAUCUUGUACGGCUUCCCUCAUCGACACUCUUUGUGACUACCCAGGACCCGACUUGAACUUCGCCGUUGUCGCCGAUAGCAGAGCCUCCUGCUGGGACUACUGCAAUAACCACCAGCCAUGCAGCUUUGUGAUCUUCAAUCCCGGAAACCCUUCCCUGGGGACCGGCACAUGCUGGCUAUACCCGGGUGAAACCUUUGACCGGAGCAAAGCCAGCUCGAACUGCUCCAGUCCCUACCUGGAAGUCUAUGACAAGCCUAAAUGCUCUGGUGGAAUCGCAACCACCACUUCCGGCGCCUGCACUGCCACAGCGACUCCCUCUGCCGUUGCCUCGAUCUGCGGGUAUCCUGCGCCUAAGGACUGUUUCAACACUUGUCAUACUAGUACGGGCGCGCCGAACUGCUUAAGUCUCUGUGCAGAGGCCGAUGCUUGCAGCUAUGUCAUCUUUAAACCGGGGCAGUCAAGCCAUUCGCCUUAUGCCCCGGGUACUUGUUGGGUCUAUACGAACGGCACAUAUGAUGAGCAUUCUGCGGGUACCUGCAGUGGCGAGCCUGAGCAGUUUGUGUAUGAUAAUUUGUGUCCUAAACCGUCACCUUCGUUGACCUCUGUUUCACCGGCUAUGCAGCGCUCUAGUGGGAAUGGAACCUCAAGCACUCCUACAGGCCCAAAUACCAGCGCGGCCACGGGUCCAACUACUACCAGCAAGAACUCUGCGCCUACCGGUCUUUCGCUCGCCAAUCCAUUGCCCUUGGGUGUGGCUAUGUUAAUGUGGCAGGCUCUUUGA